UUCAUGAAACAAGAAUUAAAUUUAAUAAAAGCUACGCUCAGAAAUAGAUGGAUAACUUUUAGUAAAUCACUCUUUUUUUUUUCCUCAUAAUAAUCCCAUCUUUUCUUCAUAAAAUUGAUAGUUCUUUUGCAGUCAUUUUAGAUAAAUCCAGUUUAACAUUGUACAAUACCAGAAAUGUGAAAAAAGGGGAGAAAAAAAGAUUGAAAAUCAUGCAUUUACCUCGCCUCUCUAUAUUUAUUAUUGUCACAUUAUUCAUUUUCUUGGAUUUUGUACAUGGCUUCUCCAACAAUAAGGCGAUUGAUUCUGAAAUCUUGACCGAAAACAUUCGAUCAAAUCGAACAAUAACCGUUGAUGCAACUGGAAAAGGGGAUUUCAAAUCUGUGCAGGCUGCCGUUGAUCAUGUCCCAAGUAGGAAUUCUAAAUGGAUUAUGAUUCAUAUUUCCAAGGGAGAAUAUAGGGAAAAGGUAAAAGUACCUCAUAACAAGCCUUAUAUUUUCAUGAGGGGUGAAGGAAGAGGGAAGACAUCGAUUGUGUGGUCUCGAAGCUCAGCCGACGACUAUGAGUCCGCCACUUUUAAAGUUGAAGCCAAAAAUUUCAUCGCAUUUGGCAUCACCUUCAAGAACGCAGCUCCAACCGGCAUCAGCCACACAAAACAGAACAAAGCAGUGGCAACAGUGGUAGGGGCAGACAAGGCUGCAUUCUACCAUUGUUCAUUCAUCAGCAACCACAACACCCUCUUCGACUCGAGGGGCCGCCACUACUAUGGCGGCUGCUACGUCCAGGGCUCCGUCGACCUCAUUUUCGGACACGGCCAGUCCAUGUUCUACGGAUGUGAUGUUUUCGUGGUUCCGAACUUGAAAUCGGAGAUUAAGGGUUCGAUUGCGGCUAGCCAUAGGCAGAGAGGAAACGCGAGCAGCGGAUUCGUGUUUGUGAAUAGUAAAGUGUAUGGUGUUGGUGAUGUGUAUUUAGGUAGGGCUAAAGGGACACAUUCUAGAGUAGUUUUUGCAGACUCAUACUUGUCAAAGAGUGUUCUCUCCCAUGGAUGGACAGAUUGGAGCUAUCCACAUAGUAAAGAAAACCUACACCUAGCAGAAUAUAACUGUCAUGGACCGGGUUCUGCUUCCAAGAACCGGACCAAUUGGUCCAAGCAACUGAGCUAUCAAGAGGCUUUGCACUUCAUCACCAUUGAUUUCAUCAAAGGAAGGGAAUGGCUCCCUGCAUGGCUGUGAAAUCGACCAACCACCCAUUUUUGUUGAUAUAUGUGAUAUGCCGCUGCUCAACUUACCUCUAAGCAGCUACUAAAUACAUUUCAUUUGUAUAUUAUAAAGGGAAAUUACUAUA